ACAAAGUUGAAAUUACUCUCUGGCCAGAAAUGAUGCAUCUCAUUGGGGACGAAGUUGUAGUGGGAGACAUAGUGGCAAUCAUGUGCGCACAAAUCUCUAAACACAAUGGUCGGUUUCAAUUAGAGUCAACACACCUAGCCACUGUUGUUGUUAACCCAGAAUGCCCACACAUCGCUGAUAAGAUAGCCAGGUUGAAAGCUCUUCCACCCCUAGACGAAGCAGAUAACAACGAUCCACUAAUCACACUACAAGAACUGAAAUCACCAACUAGCCGAAAGCAUGAGGGAGUAACCCGCUUCAGGUGUCGUUCAUGGAUGGAAAGCAUCGAUAUAAAUCGUAGUUGGUACUACGUCCAUUGCUCAACGUGCGAUGAGAAAGUAUAUCCGGAAGAAGACGGAGAACUUCACUUCGUUUGCAAAGAUUGUGAGGAUGUCACGCCAAUAUUCAAGUAUAGUGUUAACGCCAUUAUUAACGACUCCACCAAACCCAUAGAGGUCAUUUUCUUCAACGAAGGAAUGGAAGCACUUUUGAAGAUAACCUGCAAAGACCUCAUAACAAAGCAUGGUUGCACUGAUCCCAAAAAGCUGCCCCAACAAAUGGCAUCAAUGAUAGGCAAGUCAAAGAUCAUGCACCUAACACUCAGAAAGGAAAACAAUGUGGUGGUAACAAAUGUCUCGGAAUCAGAGACAACUGUCCAAGUCGAUUCACCGGCUCAACAUGUCGCGUCCUCAGCCUUGCCUCCAGCAACGCCGAAUCUGAAGGCCAACAAGUUCAAACGUCCGCAUGCUGAGUCAGGAGAAUCAACUCAGUGCGCCAAAAAAACGCACGAGGACUGAUUUACCAACAGCAAGCAUUUUGAUCAGCUGCACAUAAUGAAGACUAGGCAGCCAGAAGCAUAACCAAGUCAUUGCCUUAAUGAAGCCUAUACACAACUUUUGUACAACUUAUCCACAUAACACACUAGGUGUUAGUAUGCUAAGUUGUAGACAACUCUAAACUGUUUUGUAACACACUAGGUGUUGGUAUGCUAAGUUGUAGAUAACUCUAAACUGUUUUGUACAUCUUUGAUAUGUAGGCUAGGCAAUGUAACUAAUGCUAUGAUAUAUAUGAUAUGU